AUGGAGCUCGAGGGCCCCACGAUCAAGGGGGCCCUUCUCAGGGUUACAGUAGCAGAGAUACAGAGACAAGCAGCUGCCUGGGUAAGGCACCAGAGACAGCAGCAGCACCAGCUGCAGCAGCAGCAGCAGCAACAGCAAAAGCAGCAGCAGCAGCAGAAGAAACAGCAAAAACAGCAGCAGCAGCAUCACCCUCAAGAUGAUGCUGCUGCAGAGGAACAUUCAAUGGGGGGCCCCCAGCAGCACAGCGGGGCCCCCACUCGCUGGGGCGAGGAGCUGCAGCAGGCCGAGGGCAGGGUGAUGGUGCGCAGCAGCAGCAGCAGCAGCUGCUGCUGCAGCAGCAGCUGCAGCAGCAGCAGCAGCAGCAGCAGCAGCUGCUGCUGCUGCUGCAGUGUUGAGGCCUCUAUACGCCUCUUCAGGCCCCUAGAAGAAGAGGGGGACCCCAACGCUGAGGCCCUCUCCUUUGCUGCCCUCAGAACGCAGAGAGCAGCAUUGAGCUGGUGGCUGCAGCAGCAGCAGCAGCAGCUGCUGCUGCUGCUGCAGCAGCAGCAACAAGAGAUGCAGCUGAUGCUGCGGCAGCAAGAGAUGCAGCAACGGCAGCGCCAAGGGAUGCAGCAGCAGCAGCAGCAGCAACAGCAGCAACCAGCGAUGCAGAUGCUACAGCAGCACCGACGACAACAGAUGAAGCAGCAGCAGCAAGAGCUGCAGCAGCAGGCACAGCAAGAGUUGCAGCAGCAGCAACAGAACGGGCAUGUGCAGCAGCAGCAGCGGCAAUACAUGCAGCAGCUGCACGGGGAGCAGCAGCCUCAGCAGCUUGGCCAGCAGCAGCAGCAGCAGCCGCAGCAGCAGCAGCAAACGCCACACCUGCAGCAGCAAGUGCUGCAGCAUAACGAAGAAACCCAAAGUCUUUUCGUGGGGUGUCUGAGCAAAUCAGAAGCAGCAGCAGCAGCAGCUGCAGAAGCAGCAGCAUACGGUGCUGCUGCUGCAGAUGGUGCUGCUGCAGCAGGCGGUGCUGCUGCUGCAGAUAGUGCUGCUGCUGCUGCAGGUGAUGCAGCAGCAGCAGCAUCUCAACUGUACGCAGCAACGCAGGUUGCUUGGGGCCCCAAGUGA